AUGCAAAUUGCUCUAGCAUACAUCUUUCUUUUGGCAGGUAUAGCCCAUGCCGCUAGAGUAUCUGUUUUCUCUUUUAUCACAAUAAUAAGCCAUAGGUAUGGCUUAACGGCUGAGUUCGAUUCGGCUCGAAAGCUCGUUAAAUUCAUCGAAAGCGACGAUCGCAACCAGUUCUUCAUGGACCGGGUUGGUCCAAUGGCCGACGGAUUGCACAUCGUCCAGAGCGAUGAUCGGUACAACCAAACGACGAACCACAUUCGCUUCCCACAGGCUCGGGAUGGAGAGGUUGCAAUCCUGAACUCAGAGUGGGCAUCGACAUUCCUCGUCGAAGUGCACGAGGACGCUGUCUUCUCAUUUAUUCUCCUCGACCCUUCUAAGCCAGGCUCGACGUUAGCAUGGACCGUGGAACGCCACAGCGUCAACGAUCCGAUGUUGGUUUUAAAGCUAAGAACCUAUGACAGCAAAGCCAGAAGUCAACAAUUUAGCAUCAUUUCGAGGUGUGAAGAAGAUUAA